ACGAUGUCUGCAGCUCUACUACCACUACUACUUUGAAAACCUGAAAAAGUUUUGGAGAUUCUUGCCAAACGUGUGAUCAGCGAGGUUCUUGUCACCGCACGGAACUAGGGUUUAAGGUUUCAGGAGUUUCAUUGAAGUGUAUUGGAGGGUGCAGUGCAGUAAGUUACGAAUUGUUCAGUGCCUGAAGAAACAUUCGUGUUUGAUCCUCUCGAGAUAGUAUUGUACAAUGCCGCUUAGAGGAAGGAAGCGGAAAGGGUACCCUCAAAAGGAGCAAAUCGUCAAAGAUUCAGAGGAUGCGGAAGAGGAGAGUUUGGGGCAGGAUUUCGAAGCAGUGAGAGGGGCGAAAGAUGGCGGUGCGGCAGGGGCAGGGAAUGGAAUUUUUGCAGCCGGGCGGUUUCAUGACCUUGGACUCGCGCCUGCUUUGAGCGAUCAUAUUCAUGAUAAAUUGUCUUUUUCGGCGCCAACUUUGAUUCAAAAAUCAGCUAUACCGAUAAUUCUCUCUGGGCGAGAUGUAUUGGUGAAUUCUGGGACUGGAUCAGGCAAAACGAUGGUGUAUCUUGCACCCAUCAUAAACGCGCUUCAAUCAUAUGAGCCUCGUUUAACUAGAAGUGAAGGCACACUGGCGUUGGUGCUUGUGCCAACUCGAGAGCUUUGCUUGCAGGUCUGUGAAGUGGCAGAGAAGGUAGUGCACCGCUUUCAUUGGCUAGUUCCUGGCUGUGUAAUGGGUGGUGAGAAUCGUGGCAAAGAGAAAGCCCGGCUUCGAAAAGGUGUUACAAUCUUGGUGGCUACUCCUGGACGGCUGCUGGACCACCUGAAAAAUACAGCUUCUUUUCGGCAUGAUCGUCUGCGUUGGCUCGUCUUUGAUGAAGCUGACAGAUUGCUUGAUUUGGGGUUCGAGAAGGAUAUUGAAGCUAUCUUGGAGGUGCUGGGCUCCAGAGAUGAUAAGAAAAAAACCCGACAACAUAUCCUUCUGUCUGCCACUUUGAAUGAGCGUGUAGAACAGCUAGCAGCCCUCAGUCUGGUUAAUCCAGCCACUAUUGGUCUAGAUGAAGCAAUUUCAGCGGAAAUGCCUUCUCUUAGGGAGACGAAGAAUGGAGCUGCAAUGUCUCAACAAAAAUCUCUGAUUCAUGAUAGAAAUACGGGAGAUACUGGUCCUUCAGAUGGAUAUACGGAGUACAGGAUUCCGUCACAGUUGGUUCAAAGUUUUCUUAAAGUGCCUUGCAGUCUCCGAUUAGUAGCUCUAUUAGGUCUUCUUCAACAAAAAUCUCGAGGAAAUGGUUCUUGUAAGCUAGUUGUAUUUUUCUCCACCUGUGACGCGGUGGACUUCCACUACACAGUUGUGAAUGAAUUUCAAUGGUCUCCGACUCCCUGGAAAGAUGGGAGAGAAAACGAUGAGAGAAAGCUUCUUAGUUGUGAAGCUUUCCGUCUUCAUGGUAGCAUGGCUCAGAAAGAUCGGACAGAAGCAUACAAUCAGUUUGGCAAAGCAAGCUCUGCGAUCCUUCUUUGCACGGAUGUUGCAGCUAGGGGUCUAGACUUUCAAAAUGUCUCGGGCAUUGUUCAGUAUGAACCCCCAGGCGAUGCUGCUGAAUAUGUACACAGGGUUGGGAGGACAGCAAGGCUGGGACAGAAAGGAGAAGCUAUUCUUUUUCUACAACCAAGUGAGUCAGAGUACAUGGAAGAGUUAAAGAAGCACGGUGUGACAUUGCAAGAGCUUUCAUUGCCACAACUGUUAGAUAGGCUUCAAGAGAGGCGAGGCAAAAAAGAUGAUUUCUUUUCGGCUGUGGAAAUGCAUCCUCUCGCAGGCUUGAUGCAGAAAGCUCUUGAGGCCUUUGUUGCUGCAAAGCCGGAUGCUAGGCUACUCGCUGUAGAUUCUUUUCGUUCCUACGUGCGAGCUUACGCUGCUCAUCGAGGGGAACUGAAGUCGAUUUUCCAGGUGCGGAAGCUUCAUCUGGGUCAUGUGGCUAAGAGCUUCGGCUUGCGUGAUGCACCUUCAUUAUUUGGCAAGUCUGUGAACAAGCAAAAUAUGAAGAAGGAAAAAGAGAGGAAUGUGAAGAAGCGUUUCAAAAAGAAGAGGCGUCUCACACCUGGAGCUAUGGAGGAUUAGGCAGUGCUAAGUGCCACUUUACUUCUUGACUGCCGUUUUCAUUUUUGCUUUUAGAAGAUCCACCUUAGCAAUUAACAGAAUGGAAUUGUCCUUCACGAUAGGCGUAUUUUAACAAAGUAUGUUAAUGAUCCAGUUUUGCUUGUAUUGUGAACGAAGAGUAUUUAUCCCAUGACUUAAGGAUGUUAAUCA